AUGGCGUCAUUAAUGGAUUUACCUUUAAACGAUGUAUCCUUAGUUUGCCGCGGUUGUCUAGCUUCGAAUGGUGAUAUGAAAAAUAUGACAGAAUGGGGAUACGCUACAGAUUUUUACAAAUUAACCAACAUACAGGUAAAUCCAUCGGAUAAUAUAACGGAACUGCUCUGCAUCUCUUGCGAGGCUUUCGUUCUGAACUACAGAAGUUUUGUUCAACAAUGUCACCAGUCAGAUCGCUUGCUGAAAGAAAUACGGCAAAAACCGCUUACAACAAAUACCGAAAAAAAUAUAGAAGAAAACUCAAUAGCAUCGGAAAUAAAUGAAAAUGAAUUGACAUUUAAAAUAACAGCUCCGGAUAUGGAAUCAAAAAUAUAUUUACCAUGCAACCAGUGUUCUGAGACAUUUGUGAAGAAAAAUGAUUUGAUCGGUCACAUAACGAAAAAACAUAAUCAUAAUAAUAUGAUAAUAAACAUGAAGUUUUAUUGCUCCUAUCCCGAUUGCUGCUACAAUAUAUUAUCCGGUAAAGAAAAAUACUUCUCCGGCAGAAAAUAUCUUAAUCAGCACAUAUUAAAAGUGCACAAAGCUAAGAACUUAUUGUGUCACGAUUGUGAGCUAACAUUUAGUAGCGAUCAGGACUUCAAACGACAUUUGAAGACCUGUAAUUAUACAUACAUCUGCAAAGUAUGUGAUAUACAGUAUAGAACAAAUGAGAAAUUACUUGUACAUUUACUCAGAAAACACCCAGAUUUGCACAAACAGUACAAACUUGAACGUAAAGCUGAGAAAAGGAAAAUGAAAAUAGAUGAACCGAAAAAAUUAAAGAAUAAUAAUGAAAAUCCUGAAUUAAUAUGCGAUAGUCCCAAAAGAUCAUUUGCUACACAGACGUCUGAAUUCAAAAGGCAGAUCAAAAACGAUGUAACUUUACCUUCAUGGUUAGCAGAUAAGCAGGAUGAAACUAAAAAAGACGAAAUCUCCACUCAAACUGUAUUCGAAGAUAUAUUAUCAAUUAAAUCACAGAACAGCGAAGAUGAUCUUUUCUUUUCAGAGACCGUAUCACUAUCUGAUAUUCAGACUCAGACUAUUCCAUUAGAAUUUGGACUCAGUAGAUCGAACAAACAAACUAUCACUUCAGAGACUCAGUCUCCGGAUCUGAGCAUAAAGGAAACUCAAACUUGCCUAUGUUUAUACGAAACUCACAAACCGAAUAGAUGCUAUGACCCCAUUUCGAAUACAAAUAUGAAUUACUGUACACUCACAAGCACUCAAACACAAACUCAUAGAUUUCAUAGUCACGAUGAACUGCUGAGUUUCACUUCAACGGAAACUCAAACCUGCGUCGACGAUUUGAACAAAUUAUGA